AGAUAAAGACAUAUAAAUUCCUGUUUCUGCUUUCAUUUUGUCAUGAUGGCUCGAAGUCUCUUUUUGCCUUUGAGAGGACUUUCCUGUUUAAUUUUCUUCCUGAAUAUUCCUAGCUCAUCAUUUCAAGUCACAGAUGUGAAUGAAUGCCUGGAUACCCAGGCCUGCCCUUCGAAAGCCACCUGCACUGACACUGUGGAAAGCUACUUCUGCACCUGUAAAUCUGGAUAUCAAUCAAGCAAUGGGAAGAAACAUUUUAAUGAUCCUGGAGUGACGUGCAUAGAUAAGGAUGAAUGCCUGAACACCACAGCAUGCCCACUGACAGCCACAUGUCAGAACACCCGGGGAAGCUACUUAUGUGUCUGCAAUCCUGGGUUUGAGACACCUGAUAGGAGAACUCAAUUUACUGGCUCCAGAGGAACUUGCAUAGAUAAGGAUGAAUGCCUGGACACCACAGCGUGCCCACCGACAGCCACAUGUCAGAACACCCAGGGAAGCUACUUAUGUGUCUGCAAUCCUGGGUUUGAGACACCUGAUAGGAGAACUCAAUUUACUGGCUCCAGAGGAACUUGCAUAGAUAAGGAUGAAUGCCUGGACACCACAGCGUGCCCACCGACAGCCACAUGUCAGAACACCCGGGGAAGCUACUUAUGUGUCUGCAAUCCUGGGUUUGAGACACCUGAUAGGAGAACUCAAUUUACUGGCUCCAGAGGAACUUGCAUAGAUAAGAAUGAAUGCCUGGACCCCGCACUGUGUUCACCGACAGCCAGGUGUAAGAACACCCGGGGAAGCUACUUAUGUGUCUGCAAUCCUGGGUUUGAGACACCUGAUGGGAGAACUCAGUUUACUGGCUCCGGGGGAACUUGCAUAAAAUUCAACCCUAGGUCCCCGCCCCCAACCCAAGUUACAUUUUCGGAAGACUAUAGGCAACAGAAUACCACCAAGGACCCAAAUGACACUUCUGUUACCAUGGUGACAGAAGGAGUACCAGAAGAUGACAAUGUCACACUUGUGUUACAGGAAAUAGCCGAUUCUUUUGGCAACUUCAGCAACAUCACCACCAAGCCAUCUCAGGAACACAAGGAAGAAACUGCCCGUUUUGCGACACAGUAUCUCCACACAGUGCAGUCGGCAGCCUAUGAAGCUGCCCUCAGUCUACCCACAGAAGGAACGCUGAGGAGAGAGUCACAAUUUAUGGUUAUUGAAGCGUUGACCAUCAAGAAUGGCUGCAAAACAGAAAAUGAGAUAGUUAAAUUACAGAUUGAAAAGGAGACAAUGGACAUCGAUUGCACUGUUGUCACUGGAGGAGGAACUGGAGGUGCUGUGGUCUUUAUCUCUUACAAGUCUUUAGGGUCCAUCUUAGAUGGCUCCUUCGUGUCUAAGGCAAACCUAACUCUUGAUGAGAAGCUGGAUCACUUUCAGCUGAAUUCCAAGGUGAUAAGUGGUACCACAGGAUGCAAGAAGAACUGUUCCCUGGCCAAGCCCGUGAACUUCACGUUUCACCAUAUACAGAUGAUAGGGGAAAAUGAAAAGACUCUUUGCGUCUACUGGGACGAGCCGGUCUGGUCUAAUGAAGGGUGCCAUGUAAUCUUUUACAACGGAACUCAAACUGUAUGCAGUUGCAGCCAUCUGUCCACCUUUGCUGUCCUCGUGGCCUCGGUCGAGCUGAAGGAGGAUCCCGUGCUGACCAUGAUCACCCACGUGGGGCUGAGCCUGUCUCUGCUCUGCCUCCUCCUGGCGGCCCUCACCUUCCUCCUGUGUCGACCCAUCCAGAACACCAGCACCUCCCUCCACCUGCAGCUCUCCAUCUGCCUCUUCCUGGCCCACCUCCUCUUCCUCACAGGCAUCACACGGACGGAGCCCAAGGUGCUAUGCAAGGUCAUCGCAGGUGUACUGCACUACCUCUACCUGGCCGCCUUCACCUGGAUGUUCCUCGAAGGGCUGCACCUCUUCCUCACUGUCAGGAACCUCAAGGUGGCCAACUACACCAGCGCGGGCAGAUUCAAGAAGAGGUUCAUGUACCCUGUAGGCUACGGGGUCCCGGCGGUGAUUGUGGCUGUGUCUGCCGCGAUCAACCCCCAAGGAUACGGCACCGCUAAGCAUUGCUGGAUCAACAUAGAGAAAGGAUUUAUCUUGAGUUUCUUAGGACCCAUAUCAGCAGUCAUCUUGAUAAACUUAAUCUUUUACUCGAUAACCCUGUGGAUUUUGAGAGACCGACUUUCUUCCCUCAAUAAAGAUGUGUCCAAGAUACAAAACACAAGGAUGCUGACGUUUAAAGCCAUUGCUCAGCUCUUCCUCUUGGGCUGUUCCUGGUGCCUUGGCUUCUUUCUCGCUGAAGUGAUAAAGGAACCUAUCAGAUCCAUCAUCGCCUAUGCUUUCACCAUCACCAAUGUCCUGCAGGGAGUCUACAUCUUCCUGGUCCACUGCCUCCUCAACCAGCAGGUGAGAGAUGAGUACGUAAAGUGGGUUAGGAGGAUGAAUAAAAAGACAGAGUCUGACAGCUACAUCCUUUCCAGCUCUACCAGCCAAACCCACAUGAUGGAGAAACCAUCCAACUUAUUGGGAAAAAGAAGCAAUACUUCAGUCUGAAUAUGACAAGCUCUUCCAUGCCAUCCUUCCAAUCACACUGGAGAAAGAAUUAGCCAUAUGACUCAAUCGUCCAUGAGAACUGAUUUAUCCUACAGGAGAAUUGUUGGGAGAAUCUAUGCUUAGGUUGAAUAAUAUUUUGUGUAGUGUUACAGUGUUAUUUGCAAAUAAUUAAGAAUAAUGUUUUCAAUUAUUUUACACAGAGAUGUGUAGAUCUUAAAUUUGGUGAGUUUCCAAAUGUAUAUACAUGUAUUUGUUGUUGUUGUUUAGUAGCUAAGUUGUGUCCAACUCUUUGCAACCCCAUGGACUGUAGCCUACCAGGCUCCUCCAUCCAUGGAAAUUCCCAGGCAAGAAUAAUAGAGUCGAUUGCCAUUUCCUUCCCCAGGGAAUCUUCCCAACCCAGUUUUGAACCCACAUCUCCUGGUUGUAUAUCUAUCAACUAUAUCAAUCAAAUCAUGAUAUGGACUAUCUGCAUUAUUCCUGAAAGUUCCCACAUAAUCCUUUCAAUCAUUCAUCCCCAGUCUUCCACCCCCGAAACAAUUAUUCUGAUUUCUAUAGCAACAGAUUAAUUCUGUCGGUUCUUAAAAUCCAUAUACAUGGAAUCAUACCCUAUGUACUCCUGGUGCCUACCAUGUUUCUCUCAUCAUGAUGAUUUUAGAAUUCAUCCAUUUCAUGCAUAUGUUGCUAGUCUGUGCCUUUUUAUUGCUAAGUACCAUUUCACACUAUUGUAUAUCACAAUUUGCUUAUCCAUGUUUCUAUUGAUGUCUAUUUGAGUUAUUUCCAUUUUUUUUUACCAUGAAUAAAGAUGCUAUGAUCAUUCUAGUACAA